GGGCUUCUCGGGGGCGGCGCCGCAGGGGACGCAGGGCCGGCCGCCGCUGGGUUCGCCGCCGCAGCUUUCUCCGGGACGCCUGGGCUGAGGACACGAUGUCGGGUGUCUCCCGCCGACUGCUCUGGGCCGCCACCUGCCUGGCCGCGCUCUGCGUGGCGGCGGCGCAGCAUCAGAACAGCAGCGCCCCUCCCAACGUGACCGAGAUCGUCACCAGCAAGCCGGUGCCGACGACGCUCACGCCCACCACGCCGCCAGAAACCUGUGAGAGCCGCAACAGCUGUGUUUCCUGUGUUAAUACCACCAUUAAUAAUACUACCUGCUUUUGGAUAGAUUGCCAAGAAGCAAAUAAGACCUAUUGUUCGAGUGUACUCGUAAGUAACUGUAGCCUGGUGAACAGUACUGCCUCCUGUUCUGUGCCUACUGCCACUCCAGUGCCAACCAACUCUACAGCUAAACCCACAACUCGACCUUCCUCUCCUACACCCGCUCCCUCAGUUGUCACAUCAGGUGCACCCAAUACCACCCUGACCCCAACCUCACAGCCGGAGCGCAAGUCUACCUUCGACGCAGCCAGCUUCAUUGGAGGAAUUGUCCUUGUGUUGGGCCUGCAGGCUGUCAUUUUCUUCCUCUAUAAAUUCUGCAAAUCUAAAGAACGAAAUUACCACACCCUGUAAACAGACCCAUUGAAAUGAAUGCGGACUGGCAGUUAAUGUGUAACUCACUGAAACCAAAAUACUAUCUUUCAUCAAGUCCCACAUGGAAGUCACUGUUCCAGGACCUUCAUAUUUCCAAAGGAUGCAUACAGAAUAUUAUGGAGCAUCGAUAGUCCUUGAAGAAAAACCAGUUAAACCAUUUUGCUCAACAGGAAUAUUUAAAAUAUUCUGCAUGAA